CAAGAGAGGGAGGGGGUGAGAAGCUGGCUGGGAACAGAUUGCUAAUGAAUAGGAAAGGUACUGUGAAUAGCCUUAAUAGCCAUGGCAGUGAGGGAACAGAAAACACCAAACCCAUUCCCCCAACUCUUUGUGCAUUGAAUUAAUUCCCUGAUUAGAUUUAUAAGAGGAUAUUUUUGUUGUUGCCAUUGAUAAAAGCAAAAUCAAGCUUUGAUUACACAGCAUGAAAGUAAGGAAAAUGGAACUGGAAGGAGGAGGAAAGAUUAAUGGGAUUGUGAGCAAGGGAGGGCGCUGGACACUCAUGUGAGAGGCAAAAGGGUUCUUAAGCUGGCACACGUGACAGUUGUUUGAAGUCAAUGCAAAGUCAACAUGUUUUUAAAAAUCAACACUGUCAGAGCUGAGUGAGCUGCCUUUUGCCUCCUUUACAUUGUUCUGCUUGCACCUGCCGCAUGCCUGCGACAGACUUGAGCAGAAGGCAACGGCAGUAGUAGGAGAAGCAGCAGCAGCAGCAGCAGCAGAAGCAGAAGCAGCCGUCUUUGAAACAUUGCCAUUGAGAAGAGUUGGUCGGGGAGAAUAUUGGCACCGGCAUCUCAUGUGCGAGGCGUGGACUCUUCAGCAGAAUCCAAGGAACUUCAUGGCAACGCUGAGCAGCUGAUCCCACUGGGGCUAAUGCGUCUGCCACAAGAGUCGACUGUGGAGAGGGAAGGCAGGAAAGCAACAAAUCAUCCAGACUAUCCAAAGGCGAGACAUUUUCUUGCAUAAUAAUUAUAGGGAGAAACAGAAGAGACCCUUUGAAAAGCAUCCUUAAUGGACAGAUGUAGCCUUUUGGGAGAUGCUGUCAUGAUUUUCGUCCCACGUUUGCAGAGAUAAAAAGGACUCAGCAAGAGGCGUCCAAGGCAAUUCUUUGGUGUCCGUUGUCUUUUUUGGUCAUUGUUCUUAUCUUUCGUUGAUGCAUUGCUAUUUGCUGACCCUUCCUAUUGGAAUCUAUGCUCCCUUCCUUACUUGCUCCACCCAUACAGUUCCAGCUGAGAGGAAGCGCUCCUCCACCAAACCCCUGCCACAGAAUUCCCCCCACCAUGGAUGACGUACCUUUCCGCUGAAAUUAUUUCGGUGUAAGAUGCCAUUGCCGAUGCUCAGGAGGAAAUAAAAUUGGAGGCUCGAGGAGAAGGAGCACGGAAGAGGGGGCGUGGAGACCUGAAAACAUGAGCAAAAAAGGGAUGAUGACAUCUUUUCUUCAGAAAGCCAAUUCUACCAAGGUUAAGAAGAUCUAAAAUUUGGGACGUGUAAGAGAGAAAAUACUGCAACCCCCCCCCCCCCCCAGUAGUUGGUAGGAAUGAUUGAUUGCCGUGUGCCAUUUAGAAGUGGCUUUUGACACAUGCUGUGGGGUUGCAACCAUUUCCCAGGCCUGCAUGAUGCCUGAAGACAGGAAUACGGGGGUCCGGGCUUCGGGUCCUUUGGCGUCAUCCCCCUUUGUUCCGAAAACUACAUACAGAAGAAUUAAGCGGUGUUUUAGUUUCCGCAAAGGAAUUUUUGGUCAGAAGCUGGAAGACACAGUCCGUUAUGAGAAAAGGUAUGGAAGCCACCUGGCUCCCAUGUUGGUGGAACAGUGCGUGGAUUUCAUUCGGCUUCGUGGACUGACGGAGGAAGGGCUCUUCCGACUCCCGGGCCAAGCGAACCUUGUCAAAGAAUUACAGGAUGCAUUUGACUGCGGGGAGAAACCAUUGUUUGACAGAAACACAGAUGUACACACAGUGGCAUCACUUCUGAAACUGUACCUUCGAGAGCUUCCAGAACCGGUGAUCCCGUACUCCAAAUAUGAAGAUUUUCUUGCCUGUGCCAAAAUGCUCAGCAAGGAAGAGGAAACGGGGCUGAAUGAAUUAGUGAAACACGUGAAGAGCUUGCCACUUGUCAACUUCAACCUGUUGAAGUACAUUUGCAGGUUCCUGGAUGAAGUCCAAUCCUAUUCUGGAGUGAACAAAAUGAGUGUGCAAAACCUUGCAACUGUCUUUGGUCCAAACAUUCUGCGUCCUAAAGUGGAAGACCCUCUGACUAUCAUGGAAGGAACGGUUGUUGUCCAGCAGUUGAUGUCCAUGAUGAUAAGCGAACACGAGCUAUUGUUUCCCAAAGAUGCAGAUCUCCAAAGUGGGCCAGAGGUUUGUAAUAAUAACAAUGAGGUCCAAAAGAAAGUGAUCAUUGGUCAGCUACAGAACAAAGAGAACAACAACACCAAGGAGUCAUCCCCAGUGAGACGCUGCUCUUGGGAGAAACCUGAAUCUCCACAAAGAACCAUUGUGGACAACGGAUCUCCAACUGCCCAGCCUGGGAGCAAGUCAAAUAGCCCAAGGAACAGCAUUCACAAAUUGGACAUGACUAGAAGUCCACCGCUCAUGGUGAAAAAAAAUCCUGCAUUUAAUAAAGGCAGUGGCAUUGUCACCAAUGGAUCCUUUAGCAGCUCAGUGGAGGGUCAGGAAAAGACAUCACCUGCUUUAUCAAAUGGUACAUUGCAGGCUAGAAGAACAUCUUCCUUGAAAGGACCGGUAACUAAAAUGGGUACACAUAGUGUGCAGAAUGGAGGUGUACGAAUGGGUGUUUCCAGUACUGAUGCCCAUAGCAACUCUUUGAACAGCCGGAACCAGUGCUGGAUGCCAAAUGGGUAUGUAACAUUGAGGGACAACAAGCAAAAGGAAUCCAUGAGUGAGUCAGGCCAGCAUAAUAGACUCUCUACUUAUGACAACGUACACCAGCAGUUCUCCAUAGUGAAUGCUGAAGAUAAGCAGAGUGUUGAUAGUGCAACUUGGUCCACAUCUUCUUGUGAAAUAUCCCUCCCAGAACAUUCCAAUUCCUGCCGGUCUUCUACCACCACCUGCCCUGAGCAAGACUUUUAUGGGGCCAAUUUUGAAGACCCUGUACUAGAUGAGCCACAUCAUGAAGAUACCAACCAAGGAGAUUAUGAGAACAAAGGUGAUCGAAGAAGUAUUGGGGGACGGAGCAGCCGGGCUACCAGUAGCAGUGACAACAGUGAAACUUUUGUUGCCAAUAACACAAGUAACCAUAGUGCUUUGCACAGCCUUGUGUCGAGCCUGAAGCAGGAAAUGGCAAAACAAAAGUUGGAGUAUGAAACAAGAAUAAAAAGCCUUGAACAGAGGAAUCUCUCCUUGGAGACAGAAAUGAUGACCCUGCAUGAUGAACUGGAACAAGAGAAGAAGAAGUUUACAAUGGUAGAAAUCAAAAUGCGCAAUGCCGAGCGGGCCAAAGAAGAUGCUGAGAAGAGGAAUGACAUGUUACAGAAAGAGAUGGAGCAGUUUUUCUCCACGUUUGGGGAACUGACAGUGGAGCCACGUCGACCGGACCGAGGAAACACCAUAUGGAUCCAGUGAGCGCUCUUCUGACCAAGACUGUGGGAUUUUGGGGAAAAGGUUGCUGGGAUAUUGUAUUGUAACAGGUGACUGGUCACCUGACUGAGGCUAGCACUCAACAUGAUAUUGUCAGCCCUCAAAAGAGGACAUCCCAUCUAUGUCAAUCAACUGCAUCUGCUGUGUGUAUUUUUUAACUGAGAAAUCAUACUCCCUGAAUGCACCAUAAUGCUACUGUUAAGUGUUACAUCUGAGUUUUGUGUAUAUAGAUUUUAAAUAGGUCAAUCUGAGGGAUUUGGGCGGUUGGGAUGGAUUAGAAAGAGAUGAGAAAAAAUAUUUUAAUGCAAGUCUUAUAUUUAAGCAGAUACCUUCAUUGCAAUCAAGCUUUAUAUUGAGGCUUUUCUCCCUUGCACUUAACAUAAUAAGCUAUUUUUGACAUUGUGUUCCCAUCAGCUUAUUUUGUACAUUUUUUUUUGUUUCCCCUGUUGCUGGGGAAUGAAUGAAUGAAUAUAUAUAUAUAUAUAUAUAUAUAUAUAUAUAUAUAUAUAUGCAUACAUAUAUAUAUAUAUGAUGUUAGCUAUUAAAACAAAGCAAAAGAAAUCUAUUGUGUGGCUGUGCUCUUUGUGCCAAUUGAUUUGCUCAUAACCAAAAAACCUCCACAACAGCCUGUAAAUAAUUUUAUAAAAAAUAUAAUAUGAAUACCUAA